UUGGUGGAGGCUCCAGGAGCUAGGACGUAAGCAAUUCCCCAAGCCGGGGGCUGUCUCCACACGGAAGCUGCUGUCCCAGCGACGAGAACUUGAACCCCUCCGAGGAGGAGGAGGGCGGACGGGAUCACCGCUCUUCAACUUCCCUCCCCGUCCUUCCCGCUGCGCGGACAGUUUGUUUUCCUUGGGGUAGAAUAAAGGCCGUUGGGUGAAGGAAACUUUAUUUGGCGGACAAUCUGAGCGGGCGAAGGGAUGGUGACGGGCAAACCCUGGACGGGAGAGGAUUCACAUCCCCCACAGGUGGCAUCUCCAAAUCCUGACGUUCGGAGUAUCCCUCCUCCACCUUCCCACAAGCUGGCCCCUUCUCCCGUUACCUCCAACUGGGCAGCUCAAAGUCAGAACUAGGCUAUUUAUAGUCAAGCCCAACUGAGGCGUGAGAGAAAGCUGUGUUUACAAACACGGGGUCACUUAACAGGAGAGGUCCAGAGAGGGACGGUCUGAGGGAGGGGGAACAGCAGUUCCUGAUCAUCUAAGACAGCAAACUUCCUCCUGCCCUCGGCCUGCAGACUGGGGUAGCCACACAGGGUUAAGAGUUGAGAAAGAGUGGGGGGAGGGGGCUUGAUGCUGGUGCACGUGACCCAACGUGUGUCUCAGAUGCAAAUAGUAUGCAAAUAACCCAGAUUUGGCGACUUAACUAGCCUGAAGUACAAGAAGUGACCCUCACGGGGCUUCGUGGCCUGGCGGUCUGGGGCCCUGGCCUGGCUGGGUCCCAGGGCCAGCGGAGAAGAGGCCAGCUCUCACAGCUCCCUCCCCCACCCUUGACUUACCUGUCAUCCAAGAGGAGAGUUCGCCCCUCAACCCCCCAAGGCCUGCCAGUCCAGCUCCCACGCCCCCGUCUGUUGUUGCGGAAGAUAGGUGUCGGGUUACCAGUCCAGGGGCUAUAGUUAGCCGCCGGGACUUUGUUCAGCAGUCCCGGAUCUGCGCAGCGACCGCCGCGCUUCAGCCCACGUCGGUCGCCGAGGACUAGAGGCCCAGGCCGAGAGCGGCCUCCAUCACGCCCAGACUCGCCCUUGAGUUCCAGUCCUUCACCAAGGACCCUCUCUCUUGCGCUGCCGAGAAAGGAGCUGGAGCCCAGCCAAGCCAGCACCACCACCCCAUCCGCUGGGCUCAUCAUCAUCAUCGGGUCCCGCCAUCCGGGGACUCCUUCAAGGAUGCUUCUGGAGGAUCUGCUGGUGGUCCUCAGCUGCCUCAGCCUGCUCGCGCUCAAGGUAACUCUCUCCGGGCGAUCCUUUGCCAACAAGGGUCAGUGUGGGUCAGAUGCUGAGAAGGUGGUGGAGGAGGACCAUCCAGGAAACCCUCGGAGGAGACUUCCCUUCUCCCAGCCCUCCUCUCCGGAACUGUAUUCCAGGUCAAUCUCCUCCCUAAGGACUGUCUCCGACCUUCUUCCUACUUAUCAUCUCACACCAUAAGCGCAUCACAGACCCCUGGGCUGCUGUAGACGCUGGCAGAUCCUGAAAACCAGGCUUCACCACCCGACACCAUCAUACUCGGAUCUGGGUUGGGCUGGGGACAGUAAAACUCCCACCUCAUCUUUGUUUAGGAUAAAACCUUCUAAAGCAGGAGAGGAUUCAGGCCUCUCAGAGCUGAGAGUGGUGUAUACUGAGCUGAGGGCUUCUCCAAGGAUGAGAAAUGGCUGAGGAGGAUGGGUCCAGGGCAGGGCUCCGAUACUGGCUGCACAUUGCCUCAUGCUGAUGAUCAGAGCCAGGGAGGCACAGGAAUCAACUAGAUUCACCUCUCAGAUGGUGAGAUGAGCCCCUUUCGGUUGUGCCACUAUGACCUUUAUGCUCUCCUCACAAUAACCCUGCCAGGUUGGAAGUAUCCUUAAUUCAUAGGUGAAGAAGAUGAAGUCCAGAAAAGCUCUGACCUGAGACUUGCUCAGGAUUUCACAGCUGGCAGGUGGUGCUUAAAUUCAUGUCUGCCGGAUUCCACUGCCUGUGUUAUUUGUGCCUGUUUUGGAUCUUGCCAAUUGCAUACAUCGGAUGUUUGGGCAUAGAGGUGAAAACUGUGAUUCUGAACCGAUCUGCCACCAGCCCCCGUGGCCGGUUACGCUUCUGCCUAUGUGGUGCCUCCCUUCCUUCCGUCCACAGGUCCAAGCUGUUCCUAUCCUGCCCCUGAGCCUGGUCCCAGACACCUUCGAUGACGCCUACGUGGGCUGCUCUGAGGAGAUGGAGGAGAAAGCAGGCCCGCUGCUAAAGGAGGAGAUGGCACGCCAUACCCUGCUUCGGGAGUCGUGGGGGGCAGCUCAUGAGGCCUGGCAGCUCCGGCGGCACCAGCUUACCCUACCUGCUGGCUUCAAAGCCCAGCAUGGAAUAGCUGUUAUGGUGUACACCAACUCAUCCAACACCUUGUACUGGGAGCUGAACCAGGCCGUGCGAACGGGGGGUGGCUCCCGGGACCUCUACAUGAGGCACUUCCCUUUCAAGGCCCUGCAUUUCUACCUGACCCGGGCCCUGCAGCUGCUGCGGGGCCCCGGAGGCUGCCGCACAGAGGCUGCGGAGGUGGUGUUCCGAGGCGUCGGCAGCCUUCACUUUGAACCCAAGCGGCUGGGGGACUUUGUCCGCUUAGGACAGUUUGCCUCCAGCUCUAUGGAUGAAAGCGUGGCCCGAGGGUUCGGAAAUGCCACCUUCUUCAAUCUAAGGACUUGUUUCGGGGCUCUGAUCCAGGCUCUGUCUGUCUUCCCCGAGGAGCGUGAGGUGCUGAUACCCCCACAUGAAGUCUUCCUGGUCACGGGGUUCUCCCAGAGUGGAGCCCAAAGCAUAGUGACUCUCUGGAGUUAUAAUCAGACCUGCAGCCACUUUAACUGCGCCUAUCUGGGUGGGGAGAAGAGGCCUGGCUGUGUGUCCUCAGCAGGUAGGUCAGUCCCUGGCCUGCUCUGUGAGCUUCCCCACUCCCCGGGCCUGCUGCCCUCCUCACCAUCUCUUCUUCCUUCUCCAGCCGCAGGGCACGCAGAGUCAUCCUCCACAGAGGCCUUGGCUCUGCAAUCAGGAGAAAUGCUGCUCUUGGCCCCAGGGGAGUUGCAGCUCUCCAGGGCUGGACCCUGAAAGCCUCUUAGGAAUCUUGGGAACUGAUGACCUUACUAUGAAGAAUGGGCUUUGAACGGCCUCGGGAAGCAAGAGUGUGGUUCUGGUUCCAGUCCUAGGGGCCACCUCUCUAACCCUGGGUUGGCGACCUGAGGCAUGGAUAGGGUUGAGGGGACCCCACUGUGUGGCGGGGACUUCCUAGGGCAUUCAAGGUAAAGACUGGAUGGCUACUCAAUUAAACGGAGUUGUGGUGUAGCGACGACAUGGGCUUUUAUGACUGGUUUAUUGCAUGAGGUCAUUUGUCCUUGGCAGGCUCGAGGUACUGAAAACUAACUGCCCUGAUCAUCCUAAACACUGUAACCUCUAUUGUACAAAGAAUCUCUUGUGUAUUGUAUGGAUGCAACACCUGUCAAUUAAAAAAAAAAAAAGCCUAUAGCCUAUAGCUUAGGCAGGAAAGAGGUGAAACUUCAGACAGGCAGAAGGGAUUCUGGGAUAGAGCCAGGUGCCUGGGAUUCAGAGGUCAAGAUGUGUGGAAGAUGGCUGCAUAGUGCCUGAGCUCAGGUAACCAGCCACGUGGCAGCAUGUGAAUUGAUGUAAUGGGUCACUUUAAGUUAUGAGCUAAUAAAAAAAAAAGAACCAAGCUAUAUGGCCUAGGUGUUCGUAUAAUA